AUGGUCUCACUCAAUUUAGCUUCAGCGAAGGUUUUGCAUGGUGCUCGCUUGACAGACUUUCCACAUGAAGUGACUUGUACAUCAGCAUCGAAAAACUUGUCGAACAUAAGUCCUUCCGAGAUCUUCUGCAUGUCGAAAACGUCUUGCAUGUUGUCUUCAACUGGAACAUAUGUGGCCUUUGGAGCUUCUCCUUCACCUCCCUCUCUCGGUUUUGAUUCACCGCCGAACCCAGAGUUUCCACCGCCGAAGCCUGAGCCACCGCCGCCACCGAAACCACUGGAGUUUCCCCCACCGAAUCCGGUGCCUGCCGAGUUUCCACCUCCAAAACCGGAGCCACCUGAGUUACCACCGCCGAAACCGGUUCCGCCCGACUUUCCUCCGAAACCUGAUCCACCAGAGUUGCUACCGAACCCUCCACCUGAGUUUCCACCGAAUCCACCUCCGCUUCCACCACCGAAACCAGUUCCACCAGAUUUGGCACCAAAACCUCCUCCAGUAUUACCGCUUCCGAAUCCAGCAGAUUUUCCUCCGAAGCCUGAGCCUCCUGAGUUGCCUCCGCUUGGCUUCACUAUAACAAAAAAUUUUAAAUAA